CACAUAUUAUGGAGGCAAAAAAAGACUUUCAUUCACUGCAAAAAAAAGAAUGUAAAAGACCAUUAAACAUAUCAUUCUCUACCAUUCCAGGUGGGAAAAAAAGCGAAAGACUCAAAAUCCCAGAAUUCAGCGCUCUCCAUGUUGACCUUUUCACGAGUUCCUCUUUGCAGGAUUGAAUAGCGUAAUUGAGAAAUGCACUUUCACUUUGGGUUUGCGGAGUGUCGGAAGGUGACAUUCUCCUCUCUUUGCUGUCCACAUAAAUUCUGAGGAGUUUAAAAUGUAUGUAUCCAAGAUGCUCGACACCGUAGUAGCCACAGUUUUGCCGAUCCCCAAGAUGCAUGCAAAGAAGAUCAAACUGUAAGUGCUACAAUCUGACAGUACACUCAGUUGUAGCCAUCUCCCAAUACACUGAUUUGCAUAAUCAGUUGCUGCCAGAAAGGCCGUUCCUUCAGAUUUGCCAUUUAUACAUUCUGCUUGUGUAACUCUGCUGGGCCCUGCCCUGUGCUGUCUGCCCUGGCACUCAGUUUCAGCUGAUUGGGAGAAUGGCUGCUGACGUCCAUAACAGAAAGGUGACCUGGGAGAUCCAGAAUGGAUCCUUGGCUCCUGUGGACAAUCAAAGGAGCGAGAGCCCCACUCCAGGGCUAGUGGAGGGGACAGAGCCAGGUGCUGGGCAGGAGAACGCCAUGUUCGUCCACACCCAGUCCUUCGAGGAUCUCACUGCAGACAGUGAGGAAGCAGCCGACAGAGACGGCCAAACAGAAUCCACCUCUGAGCUGAGCCAUGACAUCAGCCAGCUAAGCACACAGGAAGGGGACCAGUCAGGGGAGGGGUUAGAUGCUGAGCCAAGGCAAGAAGGCCAGCCCAGCAGGAGGGUGGAUGAGGAUGACGUGACCAGCGAGACAUGGAGACAGAGAAGGAAACACGUCUUUGUGCUGAGCGAGGCGGGGAAGCCGAUCUACUCCCGAUACGGAACAGAGGAGGCGCUGUCCAGCACGAUGGGGGUGAUGGUGGCACUGGUGUGUUUUGUGGAAGCUGAGAAGAAUGUCAUUAAGUCGAUUCAUGCAGAUGGCUACAAGGUAGUGUUCCUGCGCAAGAGCCCGCUUGUCCUGGUGGGGGUGGCCCGGACGAGACAGUCGGAGCAGGAGCUGUCCCGAGAACUGCUCUACAUCUACUACCAGAUUGUGAGCCUGCUCACCCUCACGCAGCUCAACCACGUCUUCGAGCGGAAGCAGAACUAUGACCUACGGCGACUGCUGGUCGGCUCUGAGCACCUCACAGACAACCUCCUGAAUCUGCUGGACAGAGAUCCAGGCUUCCUUCUGUGUGCGGUCACCUGCUUGCCCCUCCCCUCCUCCACCAGAGAUGUGAUCAGCUCCAGCCUCCAGGCAGCCAAAGCCAAGAACCUGGUCUUCUCCAUCCUGCUGGCGGGGAACCGCCUGGUGUCUCUGGUGAGAAAGAAGGACCAGUAUCUCCACCACAUGGACCUCCACCUCCUCUUCAACCUGGUGAACUCCUCCAGCUCCUUCCGUGAGGGCGAGGGCUGGACGCCCAUCUGUCUUCCCAAAUUCAACCCAGCCGGCUUUUUCCACGCCCACAUCUCCUACCUGGAGUCGGUCUCUGACCUCUGCCUCAUCCUGGUCUCCACUGACCGCGAGGACUUCUUCAACCUGUCUGACUGCAAGCGCCGCUUCCUGGAGCGUCUCCGCCGCCGCAGUGCCUACAUCACCCUGCAGGAGGCACUGCAGGCCCCUGUCUACUCUGCCACUCAGGUGGGCAUCCCCGAACUGAGGCACUUUAUCUACAAGUCCAAGAGUUCUGGGCUCUACACCAGCCCUGAGCUGCCCGUCCCCUACCUGGCUGAGGAGGAGCAGGAGAGGCUGAUGGGCCUGUACCAGUACCUGCAUAGUCGCGUCCACCACCCCAAGCGCCAGCUGCACUCCAUCUACCACUGCGGAGAAAGAGAGAACUUGCUGGCUUGGGUGACCAGUGGCUUUGAGCUGUACCUGUGUUUUAGCCCUUUGGGGACCAAGGCACUGGCCAUGACUGCCAUUACCAAGCUCUUAAAAUGGAUUAGAAAAGAGGAAGAUCGCCUCUUCAUCCUCAACCCACAGACAUACUGACCAUGACCAUUUCCCUAGAAACUGGCACCAAUGUACUGGCUACUUCUUUGGAGAUGGACCAUUUCCUAAACACUGACCAUUUUUUUAGAAAUAGAAAGUACCUGUGUCUUAAAAGACAUUGCUUAAACUAUAACCAGUUAUACUAAUUUGUGAAACCAUCUUUUAAUUGAUGCUGUUUAAUUACAGUGGAACAGACUACUUUCUGAAUGUGAAACUUACAAAAAGAUGGAAUGCAUUCUUCAUAUUAUGGUUCAAUAAGAGAGGUAUCAGAUUACACAUUUAAUAAUGAAGCACUAAUACCCAAUACAGAAUGAAUUACAAGAGACUAUGAACCAGUCUCUCUCAAGUAGACAAACGCUCGGUUAGUCUUGAGCGGUAUUAGUUUCGAAUUCAUUCAGAACACCCAUGAGAGGAGCUUAUAUGUUAUUGUGAAUGUGUUAACCCCUUUUGACAUACAUCUGCUGAAUACAAACAGUACACUGAAUUACUAGGCACUCUUUUUCACUUUGGUGUAAUGGUAAGGCUUGACUUAGUAAGGUCAACAAAACAUUCUGGGAUUCUGCUUGUUUUAUAUUUCCCUUCUAUUCUUUAAAUUAUGUUUCUUUACAUAUUGUAAGUUUUCCGCUAGAAGAAGUAUAAGGACAUUGGAAAAUCAACACUGUUUAUUUAGGUUAUGUCCAUGGUGUAGAAGUCAGGGGACAUUCUUUAAAUAUUUGAAAUUGAAGCUAAUGUAUUCAAACUACCUAUAUCAUGUGUGAUCAACACAUUUGGAAAGCUGCUUGUGAAUAAAAGGAUGGCAACCAUUUGGUUUCAACUUGUUGAUUGUGCAUUGUUUAGGUAGUCCAGUAUAACUCACACUGAAGCCUUGUUUGGCUUGAACUGUCUUUCCUUUCAUGUUCUUUUUCAGAUUUCAUGCCUAAUUACAUCUCAUAGUUUCAUCUAUUUGUACAAAAGAUUAUUAUAGCUAACUAGAACAAUGUACUAUAUAUUUAGAAAAUGCAGCAACAUAUCCAAACAUUCCUACAACAAUAUUAGAUUCUGAGCGAUUUCUUUGCUUUUUAAAAGUUUAUUUUAUACAGUAUGUGUUGAACUGCAUGUCACAUUAUUUGCAUAAUUUUGUGUAUGUAUACAUUUUGGUAUACAAAAGAUAGCGGAUGUAACAUUCUUUAAUGUACUGUCUGGUAACAUUUUGGAAGGUAUUUUUACUAUACCUUUGAGGUAAUUGACACUGGAUUGAAAUCGUUUAAACUGUUUUGUAUCACAUCCGGGGGGAAGGCCACCUCCUGCGUGCCAGCACACAACCUCAUACCUAAUUCCUUGUAAAUAAAAAGAUAACCUGGUUGCCUUGCUUUCCUCGUAUUCAUGUUCCCACCCUCUACCCUUACAGCUUCCCCUUGGAGCAAAUUCAUUUCCCAAAACAAAACAGAGUCUUAAUUUUGUCUGUAAUAAACACGGUUAACAAAAAUGGACUAAACAUUUGAGUUUUCAUUGUGAGGGAAAUGUAUGACCCAACAUUCAAAUAUGUCGCUGCAUGAUUGUCUUUUUCAUGGAGACUGACAUACAGUAAGAAUGAGUGAUGAUUCAAUGAAGGGAUGUUUGUGAUUGGUUGUUUAUGAAUUGAGAUCUUUUUUUUGUUGCUGUUGAUUUUAGUUUUGACAUCGCUAAAUAAACUAUCCAGUAUAACAAUUUGUUUGCUGUAUUUGCCAAUAAAGUAUGAUGUUUAUUUUAA